AAAAAAAAAAAAAAAAAAAAAAAAAAAAAAAGGAGUUAGAAUCUCAAAUGAUGGCAUUUAGACCACCAUAGGGGAUAGUUUUUGAUUUGGUCUAGAUAAUUGGGGUAUCACACAAGCUGAUGUAACUUGGGAAUGAUAACAUGUACUGGGUAUUCAUAAUGCACUUUGAGUAGUAGCUAUGAGUGAUAUAGCCAUGCUUACAAUUGCAAUUGUGGGCAUGGCUAGAGGGGGUUAAGUGGGCCAAGAUAACACCAACAUUAUUACUGAAAGUUAAUAUGGAUGCGGACAACUGUAAAUUUUUAUUGACCUGUACAGUCUGUUCAACUCUAAACAUACAGUUCUUAGGCCCAACAAACAGUAAAUUAUUAUAAACAUAAUACUAUUCAUAAUCUCACUUAGCUUUAAUAGCACGACAUAUUUUAGGAGCACGCAGAGGCCAUUACAACGAUCUAAAGUUUUCCCUGACCACAUUGUUUCCCAAAAGAUUUCAAGGUUUAAGGAUAAUAAUCUGCCACAUCACAUGUUGGAGUUUUGAGACUGGUGCGGUUGGGACGUUUCAGGUGGUAAGGUUACAAAUAGGCCCAGUUAUGAUAAGUAAGUAUGACAAAUUGUCUAUUCUUAAGUUUAUCCUUAUUUCUGUUUAUCGAUCCCCUGAAACACCAGAUGUGUAUGUUGACAGGAUGGGAGGACAUUCGCCCUGAACGCUAGCAGGGCUGGGACUGGGUGUGACAAGCGGAGCCAUCGCACCGGCACACGGACCACCGGUUGCGCGGGUGGGAGAAGGGAUCGCCAAUGGUUGGAGGAUCAAAGGUUUGAUUCCAGACCCCACCUAUUCCCUCAGGGCUGUGACCGCGGUACCGCACGAGCCGUGAGCUGGUGGCUGUGUGAGAACAGGUGCUCACAAAAUAAUGGUUCAUCGCCAAGGGACAGCCGUCACGACUGUCCCCACGGUUUUAUACUCACCCCAGCUGACGAUGCUGUGUUUCGUCGGGGUGAAUGUUUUCCGGUCUUUUUGAAUUUGAGAAAGUAUUUAAAUGUUAGAGAGAUUACCGUGCCUCAGACGUCUCGACAAGCAUUAGGUAAAAACUAAAACAUGUGAGUACGUGACAUAUUUUAAGUACACCACAUAGUCCCAGAUGUAUUUGAUUAAGAUUCUUUACUUUUAUUAUUUUAUUUUCACUUUCUAAUGAUUAACUUUCCUGUAGGUACCGCAUUAUAUUUUAGACACCUUAAGCUCAUUUUUUGUGUUCUACACAAAGGCAAAGUCGUUCUAUGCUUUAAUUAGGGAGUGUUUUAAAAUAUGUUGGAGGCUCUGUAUUCUUUUGAGUUGAACAGAUUACAGCUACACUAGGAUCCACUAACAAGAACAAAUUUAAUUAGUUAUAAAUUACCUGCGGCAGCCAUGCUGAGUCAUUUUGUCCGAAGUUAUAGAAGAUUGUGGAGACCUGUGAAAGCGUCGUGGACUCUUCAAGUAAACGGCAGGCAUCAACACCAUAAGGCAAUGGACGGCGACAAACCGUGGGCUCUGAUCUCCGAGGUGGGUGAGCAGGGCAUCCUGGAGCAGGCCAUAGAUAUACUGAGGCAACACUUCCAAAUCGUCAACCACCGUGACUUUCUGAAGGACCCGGGUCUUUACGGCCCCAAAAUCCAGGUCCUGUUCAGUUGGAUACAGCGCCCGAAGGCCACGCCGGCACUGCUCAAGUCUCUCCCGGCGCUCAAGGUGGUCGCCAGCGGAGGGGCGGGAUACGACCACCUGGAUUUACCCAACAUCACCCGCUUGGGGGUGAGAGUGGCCAACACGCCAGGGGUGGUCAGUGAUUCCACGGCGGAUAUGGCCAUGGCGCUCCUUCUCGCGUCAGCACGCAACAUUGUUGAAGGUCACCAACUCAUGAUGGACCCCAAGACCACCGUCUUGCCGCAGUGGCUAGGGGGCGUCGAGGUCUCAGGGUCCUCUCUGGGGAUUGUCGGAAUGGGAAAGAUCGGGUACAAAAUCGCUCAACGGGCUAAAGGAUUUGACAUGAGGAUUCUGUAUUAUAACAGAAGCAGAAGGAGUAUUGAGGACGAGCAGACACUGGGCGCUACUUAUUGCGAGAACCUAGCCGACUUGCUGGGCCAAUCCGAUUUUGUGGUACUAUCCGUGUGCCUGACGCCUGAGACCACCGGCCUCAUCAGUGCCAAGGAGCUGGCCCUCAUGAAGCCCAGCGGCACGCUGGUCAACAUCAGCAGAGGUCCAGUCGUGGACCAGGACGCAUUGGUUGAGGCUCUGCAGGCCAGGACCAUACGGGCCGCUGCAUUGGACGUGACUUAUCCUGAACCUUUGCCAAGGGAUCAUCCUCUCCUCGGUCUUCCCAAUGUGCUCAUUACCCCUCAUUUUGGCACCAGCACCAUCACCACCAUAAGGAGGAUGGUGCAAAAGAUGGUUGACAACGCCCUGGCAGCCAUUAAAGGAGAAAAAAUGCCUGAUGAACUAAAAUGUUGAUUAAUAAUCAUAAAUAUUUUGAUUGCAGUUUCCCGUUGUGGGCAUUUAAAUAGAAAAUUAAAAUGGUUAUGUCAUAUUGCAUACCAUACUUACCGUAAUUUUUGGACUGUAGGGCCUCCCCCCACCAAAUUUGACACGAAAAUAGCAUUUGUUAUUUGGUAAGCCGCACUGGGCUAUAAGCUGCCACUGUCCUCAUUGUAUCAUGGGAUAUUUGCAACAAAAGAUAUUAACCAGUGACACUUUAUUUGACAGCGGCAUAAUAAGACUGUCAUAAGACCAAAUGAACCACAAUGAAGCUUUGAACCAAUUGGCUGCAAUGCUUCAUUUGGCCAUCACUGCUCCCUUGGGGAAGACAGUCAACCUCUGCUGCCACCUGUUGUCAACACUGUUGUUGUCCAACAUGCCUCCGAGAAUGCAUUGCAGCGUUACAAAUGUAAAUAACAAUCAAAAUUCAUGUUCUGUGCUAAUAAUUUCUUCAGUUACUCGUCCAGUUGUUUCAUUAAUCGCUAGCUCUGGUUUUCUUUAACUUUAUUGUGGUGCCAUAAAACUGUCAUAAGACCAUCCUAGUUAUGAUAUAACACUGCCAUGAGCAUUAAUGAAUGCAUAUGACAUAUGUCAUUUUGUGUCAUCCGGCAUUUUUGUCAUUUUUGAAAGAUGUAAAAGAUCCGAGCAGGACAUAAAAGGAGUUAGUGACAUUAUUUGCCGGAUGAUACUUAAUGACAUCUGUCAUAAGCAUUCAUGAAUGCUCAAGAUACUGUCAUUUCAUAAUUAUAACGGUUUUAUGGCAGUCUUAUUACGCCGCCGUCAAAGUAUUACGCGUUAACCCAAAUAAAUCAACAAAUAAGCCGUUCUGGACUAGAAGCGGCGGGUUUCAAAUUGAGGGGGGGGGGGGGGUAGCUGCUUAUAGUCCGAAAAUUACAGUAAUCAUUAAGUUACAUUAGAUUUAAUAAACCACAUCAUACAUCAUUUCAUACACUCCUCUAAUACAGACCAUACAUGGUUAGUGUGGCUAUUAAUAAGACCAAUGUUUUACUGAC